AAACCACACACAUUUCCAGUCGCGGUGCCAGUGGAGCGCAGUCAGUUCACAGUUUUUGAGCUUGAGUUACAGUCUCAGUUUUUUCAAGUGCGGUUCCGUCGGUCCCGAUUGCAACUAAUAUACAACUAACUACACUCGCAAAAUGAAGAAGUUUCUCGUGGUGUUUGUGGCAUUAUUCGGAGCCGCUGUGGCCCAAAGUAGCUUUAAGUGCCCCGAUGACUUUGGAUUCUAUCCACAUGACACGUCCUGCGACAAGUACUGGAAGUGCGACAACGGCGUUUCCGAGCUGAAGACCUGCGGAAACGGUCUGGCUUUCGAUGCCACGGACUCCAAAUACCUCACCGAGAACUGCGACUAUCUGCACAACGUGGAUUGCGGCGAUCGCAAUGAGCUUGAGCCCCCAAUCACCACCCCCCACUGCUCCCGCCUGUACGGCAUCUUCCCCGAUGAGAACAAGUGCGACGUGUUCUGGAACUGCUGGAACGGCGAGCCCUCCAGAUACCAGUGCUCCCCCGGAUUGGCCUACGAUCGCGAUGCUCGCGUGUGCAUGUGGGCUGACCAGGUGCCUGAGUGCAAGAACGAAGAGGUGGCCAACGGAUUCUCCUGCCCGGCGGCUGGUGAGCUGGCCAACGCCGGAUCCUUCUCGCGCCACGCCCAUCCCGAGGACUGCCGCAAGUACUACAUCUGCUUGGAGGGCGUGGCACGCGAGUACGGAUGCCCCAUCGGCACAGUGUUCAAGAUUGGCGACAGUGAUGGCACUGGCAACUGCGAGGAUCCCGAGGAUGUUCCCGGGUGCGAGGACUACUACGGUGAUCUGGAUUUGAAGAGCAUCCGCAAGAGCGAACUUUUAGCUGGACUGAACAGUGAAGGUCGCAAUAAGGGCGCGCCAAAAACCAAAGCUGCCUCCUCCUCCUCAUAAACAUACCAUCUACAACAAGAACCUACAACUUUACAACUUUAACAACAAUAACUAAACAACAACAACAGCAACUAUUAUUACAAAACAAUACAACAAGAUCAAUCAAUUCAGAACCCCCGUUCCCAUCCUGCCAAAAAUCCCCCACAUCACAAAUCAGAUGAAAAUCAGAAGAUAUAAUACUCAGCCUCAAUCUGAAAUUAGAAUCACAUCAAGAACUAUUUUCCUGCCAUCUUCGAACUUCUCAGUUGACUUCUGUACUAUGCUUCUAAUUUAUGAAUCUAUAAAUCUCUGUCGUUUUGUCUGAGUCAAACUUGCUUGCUCGUCUCUUCAUGUUUCUGUUUUCAACAAGUAUAAAACAUAUCGAAAUUGCCGAAAUAUCGAAAUUCAGGCUCGAAGGACUUACACAAAAUUUUGUAAACAAACAUCGAGGAAUGAAAGAAAUCGUUCAAUAUGAAGCGUAAAAUUUAGAGAUUUGUACAUUUAAGUGAUCCUUGUUUAUAAGAUUAUAAUUUUAUUUUAUACAUAAAAACAAAAAACAACAAAAAUAUAUAAAGAAAAACACAAUACAAUUAUAAUUUUUUUUUAAUUCCCUUCAAGAUUUCACAGGAAUAAUAUUACUUGUGUAGGCUAGCUGUUGUUUUACACCCACAUUAGUGGAAUCACCGGCUUAAUUGAAUACAUUUAACAGGCUUUUAUUCUUACUUCCCAAUUCACAUUUUUUUUGUUGAGUCCAAAUUAUACUAUCUUAAUUUUGGACUCUGCAAGGCAAGGAAUUUUUGAAUAUCCUUGGAAAAAAAAUGCUUAACAGAGCAGUAAGUAUCGUGUGUUUUGUAGUAGGAAAGUUGACGAUAUCGAUUUUUUUCUUCGCCUUUAGACUCGUUAGAGUCUGUAAAUAAUAAGUAAACAUGAAACUUUGCCAGUCAUAUUUGCGGCAAAUGGGAAGUUGGCUGGCAUUUUCAAGGCGACCAGGAAGUCUCUGCCUUCUUCGCCGUUGACGUCUUUUCAAAUGCACAAGAACUUUGUUAAUUAUUCAUUAGAUUCUAUAAACAAAAACGCGAUACAAAAACUUUAAAUGAAUUUUCAAAUUAUCAACACAAUUGCAGGCAGAACCAGCCACACACACACACCGCCUUACAAAAAGCAAAAGGGAAAUGGAAAAUGGAAAAUGUGAGCGGGAAAAGGAGAAAGGGGUCAGGAGACAGGGAAACCGUGGGCAGUGGCACCUCGAUAAAGGUCCUGGAGGGGCUUGGAAUCGAGUAGGGCUUCCUUUCUCCUCUCACUAACUCAUAGAAGCUGGAAACUUUAACUUUAGCCUCUGUGUGCGAGUGUCCCUCGUUGUAUGGGUGAACCUGGGCUUGUGUGCAUUUAUGGCGCUCUGGAAAAAAGUUUUAAAACUAAUUAAAUAAAAAUUAUAAAACUAUACAAACUCCAGGCACAAGUUAUCGCAAAAGGACAUUUUCUGCUCUCUUCUCCGUCCGUGCGUGUGUGUGUGUGUGUGUGUGAGGCAGAGCUUCGUGUGUGUCGCAUAAGCUCUUUUUGGCAUCGAAAAGCCGCGUAAAGAGCUCUCGGAAUGUUCGGGCAAAUAUGAGCAUAAAGUCGCCUACAUCCAUUCAGUUUGAUGUACAUAGCUCCUUCUUGGCUCAGCUCUUAUCCCGAUGUCCUUGCUCAUGGGCGCCACACACCGACCGUUGGAUGCCAUCUUUCACUUUAAUAUAUUUUGAAAUGCUCUCGUUGUGGCUGCGGGCUGGCAGUUAAGUGCAGCAAGUAUGGUAAGCAAUCUUCAAUUAAAAGUUGCUGCUUUUCCCAUUUCGCCAUAAGAAUCCUGUGUAUUCUGCUUAUGUUUGCGGCUAACUCAGCUUAGAUGCG